ACACACACACACACACACACACAAAUUGCGACUGUUUGAAUUGACUGUUAAAACAUUAGCAGGUUGGAGCUCAUUGGUGCAUUACUGCAAACACCGUAGGACUCAAUAAGGACAGUUUCUUCUUGUUAGAACGUGAUGCAUCCAUUACCCACAAUGCAACUUCACUGCUGAUAGAUUCAGGUGCAUCAUUUCAGCAGCCGGGCGCCUCCGGCCUGCAGCAGAGAGGGGGUGCGGGCUGCAGUGCUAUCGGACCCAAAAACAAAACAAAGCAUCAGGAUAUUCACUGUGUGACUGUUAAAACAACGAGACUUCAGUUUGUGCAGAAACUCUGAGAGCUGUUGCAGAGGUCAACAUCUGGUUUGUUUGUCUGUUUGUUGUCAGGAGUGCACGGAACCGUACUGUAAUUGAGAGUGCAGAAUUCUAUGUUAUUUCUCACUAAUAUCUUAUACAUACUACACAAACAUCCUUUGCUUGUGUAGUGUUGUGCUCACACUGCGUGUUUUCAGAGUUCGGCAUCUUUAGAUCACAGGAUGCAAAUACACACAUUAGAAUGUGUUUAUUCAUUCAUUCAAAAUCUUCUUUUAAACUUCGAGUCCUUAGCGGCGGAUGAAAGCGGGGCUGUGGCUCCCUCUUGUGGAGCACACUGGAAACAGCAUCCCCCAUACACACGUUCAUAUUCUUUACUUUUUCAGCCAGAUGUAAUUAUCAAUAUUGUAUAAUGCUAUUAUAUUAAAAACCGUUUGUGUUGUUUGUUGUUUUUACAAGUCCCCCCCCUAAUGAGUCCACCAUAAACAUGUAUUUUUCCUUCUUCCAUAUCUGCGAUACAUUUAGAUGGAAUUGACUCUGCUGUAGGUCCGUGUCAUCACGCACCUGGUAGGUGUGUCGCUGUCACUGGUGACAGGCAGCAGGUUUCACGUUACACAGCAGCGGUUCAGUCUCACCUCCAGCAGCGUCUAUGCAGUUCACAGUUUAACUCAGCCCGGACAGACACGCUGCAGGACCACAGCCAGUAAGACUGGCUUUGUCCUGGACCUGGUCUACUGGGGACCAGGUUUAGUCUGCAUCAGGAACCCGGAGGGACCGCAGGUUUUACUGAACCGAAAGGUGUUUUUUUUCUUCUUCUUCUCUGGAGCAGAAAAUGACCAACUGUGUUUCCUUUGUUGAAAGUGAACUGGACCACUGCUGAGCUCUGGUUUUCCUGUGUUUAAACUGGACCUGGAAGUGAAUCAGUGCUUUUCUGAAGCGAACCGGAUCAGCGGCGAGCAUCUGAAGUAACAGGUUCACUCCAGUUGAGUUUAGUCCGCUCUGAUCUGGUCUGCUCAUGCAGUCCCUGACUGAGGAGAUCCAGAGCUUCUCUCGGACGCGGCUGAGGAAGCAGUGCACGCGCGUGACGUCACUGAGCGGCCGUCGCAUCAUCGAGACCUGGAAGGGCUCCACCAUCACCGUGGUCGAAGACCCCGCGCCCCCGGAGAAGAUGCUGGGAUACGUCCCCGAUACCUCCUGGGACCCGCAGGUGGGCAUCGUGAGGCCCUACCUGCUGCUGGGUUCUCAAGAUGCUGCACAUGACUUUGGCACUCUGAAAAAACACAAGGUGUCUCACAUCCUGAACGUGGCCUUCGGGGUGGAGAAUGUGUUUCCUGACCUGUUCAUCUAUAAAACCGUCAGCAUCCUGGAUCACCCCGACGCCGACGUGCUGCUUCACAUCCAAGAGUGCUGUGACUUCAUCCAGAAGGCCCGCAGCGAGAAAGGUGCGGUGUUGGUCCACUGCAACGCCGGUGUGUCACGGGCGCCGGCGGUGGUCACUGGCUACCUGAUGGCGUGCGAGGGCCAGUCCUUCGACGCCGCCCUCUCAUUGGUCAAAUCGGCUCGGCCCGCCGCGUCCCCCAACCCCGGGUUCAUGGAACAGCUGAGGAGCUACAAACCACAGAUGAUGAACGGAUGCAAACGCUGAAGGAGGAAGGGAAGAUGCUCAAGGCGCUUAGAUAGUUUAAGAAGAAAUAAGUUUGACUUUAAUGAGAAAUAUUUCAUGUGAUUUGAAACAAGUUAUAUUUGGGGAUUUUGUCCUUGAAAAGGGAUGGAUCUGGUUCUACUCUGGAUUAAUGAGCCUGAAUAAUCAGACUAUGAAAAUGUUUAAAUUACUGCACAGCAGCUAAACAGGUUUGGCAUAAAAUACCACAUGUUGGAAAUUCAUUCAUCGUAAAAAAACAUCUGUCUCCCCCUUAGCUGUACCUUUAGAUUAGAUGUGGUUUUAUUUAUCUAGGGACUAAAUUAUUAUUAUUCUCUUCCUGAUUGCGUGGUUUUGUUCUGUGUGUUUUGGUGUUGUCGUGGUCUUACUCACGUCUGUGAUUUUUUUAAAUAAUAUUGAAUCUCUAUGUAAGAUUUUUUUGUCUGCAUUUGAACCAUCUUACAUGUUUCAGAGUAGCGGGCAACCACAAACUCCAGAUUCUUUUUUUAUUUCUAAACAUGACAAUAAAUUAAAAAUUGAAUGAUAGAAGUAAAAUAGUUUGGUGUAACUGCU